CAAAAUUGUCACAGACUUACCAUUCUGUGUAUUGACCAAUAUAUCAUUGACCGGUAUUGUCUACUAUAUGACCGGCCAGUUGUUUGAUACUUAUUAUAGGCCUAUGUAUGUCAUACUCAUCAAUACGUUGGUAGGUCUCAGUGGACAGACAAUAGGCAUGUUCUUUGGGGCUCUCUUUAUGGAAAACCCAAAUUUGGCAGUAUUUUCGUCAGGAAUAAUAAUCUUACCAUUAUUCAUAUUCGCUGGAUUUUUCCGCAAAUUAUCACUAAUGCCGGCGUAUUUCCUGCCAAUCAGUUACGUAUCGUUUUUCCGAUACUCACUGACGGCGACACUAAUCUCGGUAUUCGGACUCAAGCGAUGCCAAUACGAGCACUGGUUGGCCGAGAGUGUGAUGGAUGUGACAAACAUGACACGACCGCAAUGGAUCUCAUCCAUGUCUGUACUCCUCCAAUACCAGUCCCAAUUCGCCGGCGCCAGCGAUAAGUCCACAGUUGUGGUCGACGCCAAUGGCGAGCCCGAAGACAACCUGUUGAUCAUGUUUGGUGGCGGCAAACUGGCCAAUCACACGUUGACCUCGCUACUUUUGACUCAAUUUGACAUAGAUGAUAGUGAGGACUCGCUUUGGCACGAACUCAAUUUGUUAAUAUUCUUUGUCGCUGUAAUUUGGCCGAAAACGAUGAACCGCUUCUAU